AUGUCUCCAUCAUCCCCAAAAAAGAGCGCUACUUCUCCUAAACGUAGUGCUGCACCUACUGAUGCAUCCCUAAAGACAUGCAAGUGUACAGAUGCAUGCAAAUGUACUGCUGAAGGAAAGCCUUGUGUUUGCUCCACUGCUGCCUCUCCAACUCGCAAUAAGUCCCCUGUAGAAAAGGCGCCUGUUUCGCCUGCCAAGGCACCUGCGAGUCCAUCUAAAGCAUCGUCCGUGUCUCCCGUUAAGCCUGGUUCUCCUACCAAGAGUUCAUCUAGUCAUGCUCACCAAAGCACUCAGCCAUGCCACUGCACUAGUGAUGGACUCAGUACAUGCACGUGCAAGGCUUCUGGCGCUUCCUCUUGUGAAUGUAAGGAUGUCAAGACUUCUCGACCUAGUUCUCCUUCAAAAACUUCUGCUGCCAAACGCAAGCACCCUAGCUGUUCAUGCGAGGGAGCUUGCAAAUGCGAGGGAACUUGCAAAUGCGCUAGCAAGUCUCAGUCGUCUUCUCCCACUCGCUCAUCUGCUGCUGGCUCUCCUUCCAAAACCACUGCCGAUGCUUCGGUGAAAAGAUCCAAGACUGCUGCUCCAUCCUCUGACAAGUCACCAACUUCUGGUUCGUCUCCACAACACCACUCUGCAGCAGCCAAAAAGGCAUGCUGCUGUGGAGAAUUUGUCAUGAUAUUCGUUGUCUAUCUGCUGAGCGAGGUGGAGUCGUUGAAUAGUUUAUUUUUAGAGGAACAUCAAAAGCAGAUCCAUCCACGUGAUCAAGUUUGA